AUGCCCCCCCAGCCUGCGGAGUUUGCCUCCGCCUCCGACUCCGCGACGCCCUCCUCGAGCGCUCGAUAUACCCCCGUUUCGGACAAGACAGAUGACGGACCCUCCUAUUCGCACUCGCGACGCCCUGAAAAAGGAUCCUUGAGGGUGCAGACGGAUUUUGGGAGCGCCGAUAACACGGAUUUCAGUGAGAUAUUCUCCGACGAGGAUGAGAGCUACAAUGGGUAUAAUUCUGGGCCGGAACUUCGAGAGAACAAGCCGUCCAGGACGAGGUCUUCAUUGGAAUAUUCGGCUGCAGAAGAGGCGCAGGUUGUGAAGAAAUUCGAUCGCAAGCUGGUACCGUUUCUGGCACUCUUGUAUUUACUCUCCUUUUUGGAUCGCUCAAACAUUGGAAACGCGAAAAUCGCCGGACUGACAGAUGAACUGGAUAUACCAUCUUGGAAAUAUGAAUGGUUGCUUACCGCGUUCUACAUCACAUACGUCCUUUUCGAGUGGAUGACAUUGAUGUACCGCCUCGUUCCGCCGCAUAUCUACGUCUCGCUUUGUGUUUGCGGUUGGGGUCUUGUGGCGUCGUUCCAGUCCCUCGCGACAUCUUUCGGGGCCAUGCUUGUCCUUAGGAUGUUACUGGGGGUUACUGAGGCGGCAUUCGGUCCCGGUGUCCCGUUCUACUUAUCCUUAUUCUACAAGCGCGAGGAGCUCGCAUUUCGAAUUGCUCUGUUUAUCUCCGCAGCUCCCCUGGCUACUUCGUUUGCCAGUACCUUGGCAUGGGUGAUUGUCAAACUCAGUCAUGACGGGCCAAUUGCACCAUGGCGCACUCUGUUUCUGGUAGAAGGAUUCCCGAGUGUCGUGGUUGCUGUUUUUGCUUGGGCAUUGAUUCCUGAUUCGCCCGAGAAGGCCCAUUUCCUUGCUCCUCGUGAGAGGAUGGUAGCCGAGUUACGGCUGGAGCGUAACCGUAAAGCAGGGACUUAUCGAGAUCCGCAAAAAGAGAAAUUCAACUGGCAAGAGGUUAGGAAAACGCUGGCGGACCCCAAGGCAUACGUCACAGCCUUCAUGUUUUUCAGCUGCAAUAUUGCGUUUAGUUCCAUGCCAGUCUUCUUGCCUACAAUCAUUCAGAAUAUGGGAUAUUCAUCUCUUGCCUCUCAGGCACUAUCGGCACCUCCAUUCCUCGUCGCAUUUGCCGUGGUGCUGGUCACCACUUACUUCUCAGACCGCAACCGCACCCGCAGUCCAUACCUAAUCACCCACGCCCUCCUUUCCUCCAUAUCCUACCUAGCAAUCGCAGCAACCGGUCACUUCCACACCCACUUCUCAACCAAAACACACGUCGUCAUCCGCUAUCUUUGCGUCUACCCAGCCACAUCUGGCUUCUUCUCCGCCAUCAGCUUAAUCCUCGCCUGGACGAUGGACAACCGCGUCGCCAACGAAGGCAAGGGUACUAGCGUCGCGAUCCUAAAUCUAAUUGGCCAAUGCGGCCCGCUACUGGGGACAAGGUUGUAUCCUGAAAGUGAUGGACCGUGGUAUAUACGGGGCAUGUCGGUUUGCUCGUUUUCCAUGCUCCUGGUAGCUGUGCUGGCGUUUGCGCUACGCAUUAUCUUACAGCGGACGAAUCGAUCAGGGAGUGGGGAUGGUAUGGAGAUUGAAAUGGAGACUCGUGGUGAGGAGCGGGAGAUUCUAAUGGGUGAUCAUGGGGCAGAACAUAUGCAAGAGGAAAGAUUUACCUAUCUUCUAUGA